AGAUUUGCGUAUAAUUUUGCCGAAACAUGCCCGAUACGAGUAAUGAUGUAUUGCCCAUAGUGGACAAUGAAGAAGCACGCCCACCGUCGCCAGCCUCAGUGGCACGACGCAGUCCACAGGACAACGAACUGGAUUUGCAGCCCAGCAGCUGUGGUUCAUCGAUGUGCUGCAAUCCCACAAGUGGCGUACAUCGAUUCAUUGCCUUGAUUUUUAUGUGUCUGCUUGGAUUUGGUUCCUAUUUUUGCUACGACAAUCCCGGCGCUCUGCAAGAGGUCUUCAAGAAGGAACUAAAUCUUACCACCACGGAGUUUACACUGAUCUAUUCCAUUUAUUCAUGGCCAAAUGUUGUGCUCUGCUUCAUUGGCGGCUUCUUAAUCGAUCGCGUUUUCGGCAUACGUCUGGGUACAAUCAUUUACCUCUUCAUUUUACUAAUUGGUCAGUUGAUAUUCGCUUCUGGUGGACUUUUGGGUGCAUUCUGGGUUAUGAUUAUGGGUCGUUUCAUAUUCGGCAUCGGCGCUGAGUCAUUGGCGGUGGCGCAAAAUAAUUACGCUGUCCUCUGGUUUAAGGGCAAGGAAUUGAAUAUGGUGUUUGGUUUACAAUUGUCGGUGGCACGUUUUGGCAGCACUGUCAACUUUUGGGUAAUGCAGCCGAUAUAUGAUUAUGUUACGAAAUUUUAUGAGGGCCAUAGAGCAAUCGGUGUGGUGUUGCUGCUAGCAGCGGGCACAUGUGUGUUGUCGCUAUUGUGCGCUUUGAUUUUGGGCUGGAUGGAUAAACGUGCGGAACGCAUUUUACAGCGCAACACUAAUCCUUCUGGCGAGAUUGCCAAACUGAGCGAUGUCACAACUUUUAAGGUCAGCUUUUGGAUGGUUUCCAUUAUUUGUGUGGCUUAUUAUGUGGCCAUAUUUCCAUUUAUUGCUUUGGGAAAAACUUUCUUCAUGCAUCGGUUCAACUUUCAACCGGAUCAAGCCAACAAUGUCAAUUCCAUUGUGUAUUUAAUUUCGGCUAUUGCUUCGCCACUUUUCGGCUUUGUUAUAGACAAGACUGGACGCAAUGUUAGCUGGGUAUUUUGCGCUACAUUCUCCACAAUUUGCGCACAUGCACUACUCGCAUUUACUUUGCUAAAUCCAUACAUUGGUAUGGUAGUUAUGGGCUUGUCAUAUUCCAUGUUGGCCGCUAGCUUAUGGCCUUUAGUUGCUUUGAUCAUUCCUGAGUACCAACUGGGCACCGCCUAUGGCUUCUGCCAAUCUGUGCAAAAUCUUGGAUUGGCUGUAAUCACCAUUGUAGCUGGCAUGAUUGUCGAUCGCAGCGAUGGCAACUACAUAUGGGUUGAGCUAUUCUUUAUGGGCUGGCUUACUAUUGCUUUAAUUUCAACCUGUGUAAUUUGGGGCUACGACAAGAAGGUGAAAGGUAACCUGAAUAUGACGCCAGCACAACGUGUCCAAUAUGCUAGCGCAAUGUAUGUGAAAUUCUAAUGAAAUGAAAAUGCAAACGCAAACAAACGUGCGGCGAAUCAGGAUAACGGCAUUUACUCGAGCGAUCAGGAGCCACUACUGGAUGAAUAGAAAGCGCUAUCAGCAGCAGCAGCGCAGCGAGUAGUAGCGCCGUUAGUAUAGAGCGAGUGGCGGGAAAGAGGCACGGAGUACAGGUCAAACGUGAAAGAUGGAUGCUGUAAUUUGCAAUAGGCCAAACAAAAAACACUAAUCAUAACUGUAGUUAGCAGAAAAUAUUUCUAAGAUAUUGCAUGAAAAUUUGGCGAAUUUCGAUUUCGAUCAAUGGUACCCCACCAACUAACAAAAACAACCACAACAACUGGCGCAUAUCAUACAUAAUUAACCGACUCACUAUAGCAUACAUACUUACACACAUUUGCACGCUUUCGCUUAGAAAUAUGUACGUUGCGUGGCACUUGGCAAAUGCAUACGUGCGUAGCGCUUUUGGUGAUUUCCUAUUUUAUUUUAAAUUUGUUUUUAAAUUUGCAAGAAAAUCUAUUUUUACACAAAACAACUUUUGCUAUAAUACUAUUAUUAAACAUUUUACCAUAUAACAUAUUUAUUUUAUAAGCAUAAAAAAACAAGCAGUUAACUCUUAUACCAAUAUACACACCAAUAUACCAUCAAUUGUGUGGAAAACUAAAUCGUUAAAAUCUUGUAGUUGUAUUUAAAUAGAAAACGCUUAGUUAUAGGUAAACGCUGUUGCAAUUUUCCAAAUAUUUUUAAGAAAUUUUGUUUAACCAAUUUUUGGCAUUUUUGUAGCAAAUAUUUUUUAGGCAGCGAAAUUAUGUAACAUUUUGUAAACAAAAUAUAUUAAAAUUUGGACAAAAACACAAAAAAAGAUAGCGACAAAUUCAUAAUGCUAAUUGUUAGUCAUACAUAAUUGUUUUAAAAUUAAUAGGAUAUAACAAAAAUUUAAAUAAAAUCACAAAUCUAUUAUAAUGUUAAUUACUGUAUAUUUGUCUAUUAACAAUUGAAACGCUUUAAAAUGUGUGUUUAUUGUUGAUAUUUAAAUGUAUAUGUAUGUGCAU